CUCCGGUUUUCUUUGCCAAAAUCAAUCCCACAAUCCCCACACACCGGCGGUGUAUUCAUUUGAAUGGUCAAAACUCAGAGACGCUAGCAAACCUGCAGACAGUAGUUGUUAUUGAGUUCAACCAGUUUUUCACAUUUGGGAUUUUACACACCCGGGGAGACUUCAAGACGUCUGACAGAAUGGAUCGUGUCCUUUAUUAUGGCAGCUGGUAAGCAAUGGGAAGCCUGUAAGGUCAACCAGAAUAAAACCAAUGGCCUUCUGCGAUCUUGCCUGCAUCUUUCUGCUGAAAAGAACAUGAAGCAGGUGGAUAUUAUAAAUAAGGAAGAAUUAGAUAAAGAAAGAUUUCAAGUGCACAGUCCAGGCAAAGCGAAGCGAUUGUCAUCUUGCAAGAGGAAGGGUUUCCCAUUGGUGGAGGUGGGCUUGAAGCUGCACCGCAAAACAUCAGAUGUAGGCCGUGCCCGUGACCCCGGCAUGGCCAACAAAGAAAAUGAGCUGACGUGCUCCGAUGAUGUGCGGGGCAUUCACUACAAUGACAACUGCGGGCUCCCUGUGAACUCUGCAGAGGCCUCCAAGAUGGCAGGGGCCAGCUCCAAGUACAGCGACUUUACUGAACUAUCAAAGGACCAUGAAGCUAUGACUCACGUCCUUUUUGGAAGGAAUCUUCGACUAAAAGUAGCCCAAACACUAUGGCGAAGAAAUGCCAGUGAAUUAGUGGCCUAUCUAAUAAGAAUUCAAGACACAGGGGUGCUGCUUGACUGCUUACCUGUCUUAACAAACAAUCUCCAAACUGAAGCACCAUGUUUAUCACUUGGAUGCUGCGUUGACCUCAUGCCCCAAGUGAAAGUGAUUCUUGCCAGUAAAUAUGAAGAACACAUAAUGGUGGGUUUACACUGGGUUCAAUCCAUCAUCAGGAAAUGGUGGCCAGAACUUUCAAAGAAUGAGAAAAGACUGCGGGACAGUUGUUCAGAAGACAGGAAUAUUGAAGUCAUGAAGCAGCGGCUGAAGGACUUGUGGAAGGAUGGAGCCAGGUUGUGUUUGGUUCCAGGAUCUACGGGAGAACUGGCAAAGGCCAUCGAGGCUUAUCUCUCACAGCUGCCCUGACAGUUGUCAAUGUAGCACUCUGAGGAUGUGACCACUACUGCCGGAUCAUGGCUGUGUUGUGAACUGAUAAUGAUGCCAGAGAAAUGGACUGGUUCAUUCUGCCCCUCAAACUCAAACCUCUUAACUGGGACUGAAUGUGACACUUCAGACUCCUUAGUUAAAGCUGGAGACACUUAAGAAGGGGCCAGGAGAGCUUUUCUGCAAAAAAAAAAAACAAAAACAAAAAAACACAGCAAAUGACUGCUUCACAUUGAAGUGGACCGUCUUGUGAAGGGGCACAUAGCUGACCUCCAUGAGACUGGAUGUACGUCGCUCUAUGAAGUGCCAAGCUCUUUGUCUCUCACUACACCACUCUUUGCCAUGGAAUGCAAAUGCACUUGUGGAUGUAAUGAAUGCUCCGCUGUUUUGAUGUUUUAUCCUGGGUUCUUUGGAAUCAGGAACUUGAAUCUGCAGCAGUCUUAAGUUAUUAGAGCUCCUCUUGUUUUCAUUUUUGCCUCCUUAUAUGACAUUUGACUGUAUAAUGUAAAAUGUAAAAACAAGUGAUUCUUUUAAUCUUCUUUUAAAUAAAUUUGAUAAAAAUCUAAA